CCCUUCCUGACCCUUCCUGACCUUCCACCCGCAGGGAACCUGGCCGGGGAGCCGGGCGCUGCUGAGCGGGUGGUGGAGGACGCCUUCCUGCGCCGCUUCCUCCGCGGCUCCUUUCCCGGCUGCUUGGCCGACGAAGUGGUGGUGAAGCGCCGCGCCAACGUCCUGCUGCUCUGCCUGCUGCUGCUGCGCCAGCUGCCGCCCGCCAAGCUCUGCUUCCUGCUGGGCUACGCGGAGACCCUGCUGAGCCACCUCUACAAGAGCCCCGUGCGCCUCCAGGUGCAGACGCUGCCCGACAGGGUGUCCUACAAGUACCUGUAGGGCCAUAAAGGGCA